AUGGACGACGAAGAGAGGACCAGAAUCAUGCAUCAGUAUGGUCUCCGCAGCACUGGCGGUAUUGACUUGAUGCGCUUCGUCGUGAAUCCCAAAUCCUUUGGUCAAACUAUAGAGAACAUGUUUUACGUCAGUUUCCUCAUCCGAGAUGGUCGUGUUGAAAUCGAAUUUGAUGAGUCUGACCUUCCCGCACUUGCCCCAGUAAAUAAAGAUGAAGUCGAAGACGAUGAUGACCCAACACGCCACGGGGCAGCAAAACACCAGGCCAUUCUAUCUAUGGACAUGGAAACAUGGCAAGACAUCAUCGACACUUUUGGCCUCAGGGAACCCAUGAUCACACACAGAAAGGAUGUAACAAACUCAGGGCCCGGCGCCAGGGGAUGGUACAGCUGA